GAAACAGUUCAGCUGUAUUGUUGGUGACUGCCAAACUGUAAAUUCAAAGUGGUGUUGGCUAACAAGAUAUCGUGUAUGGCCUUCCAAUCAGCUGUUUUUGCCUUCAACUGUUGACAACGCGGACACUUUCGCAAAACAAACUAAAAAUGCCACAAGUGACAAAAAAUAACGAAGAUUUUGAUGUCGUCAAAUAUUUCCUGCAGCUGUUGGAAGAUAACAGAGAUUUGUCUUCGGGCAUUGCAGCCAUCAAAACGUUGCUCAUGAUAUUGGAAAAAAAGCAAUUUGGCACCAUACACAUUUUGCACACAACUAUGCGUGAGGCUGUGGCCGCUAUGCGCAACACGGAUCUCUCCAUAGCUGCAAUUGUUUCGGCCGGUGAGCUCUUUUGUCGCUUCAUAACGCUAAGCUUGGACGACAAGCACAUGGAGGAAUGCCGUCAGAUUAUGUUGCAUCGCGGUAAAAUAUUCCUUACCAAACUGCUAAAUUCACGCCAAGUGAUUUCACAGCAGGCGCAACGCUUUAUAAGCGACGGUUGCCGCAUUCUCACGCAUUCACGCUCCCGCGUUGUACUCCAAGCGCUGAUUGCAGCUUCACAAAACAAGAAAUCCUUUCAUGUGUUUGUCACACAAGGCGGCGUUGGCAACUCGGGUGAGGAAAUGGUGCAGGAGUUGCAGGCAGCGGGCAUAGAUAGCACUCUUAUACUCGACUCAGCCACGGGCUAUGUUAUGGAGUCUGUUGAUUUUGUUAUGGUCGGCGCCGAGGCUGUUGUGGAAAGCGGUGGAAUUAUCAAUCGCAUCGGUAGCUAUACUAUGGGCUUGUGUGCGCGUGAAAUGAAGAAACCUUUCUAUGUGCUGGCUGAGAGCUUCAAAUUUUCACGUCUCUACCCAUUGAACCAACGUGAUCUGCCAAACGAAUAUAAGUACUCGCGCAAACAUUUAAACGACGUCUCCAAGCUGCAUCCGUUGGUUGAUUACACACCGCCCGCUUAUAUCACUUUGCUAUUCACGGAUCUGGGCAUAUUGACGCCUUCGGCCGUAAGCGAUGAGCUAAUCAAGCUAUAUAUGUAAUUGUUGAAUAAAAUUAUGCAAUAACUUGA